UCGCCACAGACAAAAAAAAAAGCUUCUUCAGUUUUUUCCGACCAAAACCAACACCCACAGAUCAAAUUCAAACUAAGUUUAGAAACUUCUGCAACUUUUUUUUCUAAUUCAAUCCAGUUUAUCCUUAUGCUUUAGCUGGAGAGGUUUUUAAAUCCUUGCUUUCCGUUUGGGGAGAGGAACUCCAAUGGGACUCUGCACCUCCAAACCCUCCCCAAACCCCACUCUCUCCCCCAAAUCAGACCCCAGGACCACCCCUAUUCCCCCCCAGUAUAACGAUGUUCAUCACAGCCCUACCUCUGUUCCGCCUAAGGGUAAUGCUAAACCGUCGGCUACCUCGGAGAAUCAGAAUGAUGUGAAUGAUCGAGACAAAGAGGAGGAUAAGAGCUGCAUCCCCAACAAUGAAGGCAGGAAAUCGCCGUUUUUUCCGUUUUACAGUCCGAGUCCAGCUCACUACUUGUUCUCCAAGAAGUCUCCCGCGAGAUCUUCGGCGAAUUCGACUCCGAAGAGGUUCUUUAGAAGGCCGUUCCCUCCACCGUCGCCGGCGAAGCACAUAAGGGCUGUGCUGGCACGUCGGCAUGGGUCGGUGAAGCCUAACGAAGCGGCAAUACCGGAGGGGAGUGGAGCGGAGGGUGCUCCGGCCACGGGACUUGACAAGAGCUUUGGAUUCUCGAAGCAUUUUGGGAGCAAGUACGAGCUUGGGGAGGAAGUUGGGAGAGGCCAUUUUGGUUAUACAUGCGCAGCGAAGUUCAAGAAAGGAGAGCUCAAAGGACAACAAGUUGCUGUUAAAGUCAUACCCAAAGCGAAGAUGACAACAGCAAUUGCCAUUGAGGAUGUAAGAAGAGAGGUAAAAAUAUUGAGAGCUUUGACUGGGCAUAACAAUCUAGUAAAAUUCUAUGAUGCGUAUGAGGAUCAUGAUAACGUCUACAUUGUAAUGGAGUAAGCUCUAAUGGUUAUUCUUUCUUUGCAUU